AUGAGUCAACCAACAAAUUUGUUCUUUCUCCAGGCCUCCGAUUUCAGGUUUGCCCUUGAAAGAUCUACAAAUUGGCAGUUUCCUGGGCGCAAAGUUCAGUUCAGUCUCACAAUAGACAUCCCUGAGUCCACCCCCCUGAAACUCAAAAUUAAACUUCCAUUCAUUGGCAGUCCUAUAAUGCGACUCACAGAGGCUAAGUACUCUUCAGUCAGCGAACACCUUACCUCUAGCGUCAACACAACCACAAUGACGUCUUCAGCAAAAGACGGUCUGAACGACAUAGCCUUCUUCGAACUCGGGAACAUAACGCGGAGCCCAUCUGUGAAAAAUACUGAAAUCAAGAUCGAUUUUGAGGUGCAGCUGUUGAAUCAUGCCAAUAUUACUAAUGGAGGUGCACAGUGGGUGAGCGUGGGUGCAGAGUACAUAAAUCAAUCCGUAUGGGCAGCACAGAUAGCGAUCAAGACCAUCAACACAGCAGUCAGCAGACCAGAUUUGAAGGUUUCACUCUCGCCUGACAAUGACGGUUAUUACAUACUUUUCAGGUAUGAUACACCACCAGGCUUAUUGCCUGGUAAAUCUAUUUCCAAGGAAGUUUGAAAAUCCUGGAAACAAACCAGCCGUGAGAUCUGCAUUUUUGAGUGACGAUUACUGACCAGACUGACGUAUACUCUUUAAUUGCUAAGACGUCAUCCAAGCUAAUGUCGAUGAUCGUUUCACACUAUGGUUUCUAAUGUUCAGUCAAUGCAUCUCUGAAAAGGGUACAUCUAUUGCCAUGGCAAUAACUACAUUACUGAUUUCAACAACGUACCCAGAUGGCGAGUUAGUCUUCAUUGAGUAUUCAAGCAUUUCUUGCCACCGACUAUUCGAUAUGUGUCAUUAAUUUCUUUUUCUUCAUUGAUCAGAUAUUCAUGGGUUGUGUGGAUAGUAUAAAUCGUAAAUGGCGCUUGAUCUUACCUAGUACUAAUGGCUGUUGCCUAAAAUAGAGGGCCAAAAAUCCUUGGCACGAUUAUUGAAAAUUACCUUCCUUCAACAGCGCUGUAAUAUCAGAUAUGCAAGUGUAGCAUCGUGUCCACUUUUGAAAUAGUUCGGAUGCCUCGAAUAUGGCCCUCCCCUCUCCCCUUCAAACAAUGUUGGGAUAAACAAACACUUUUCAGGACAGGUUAAAGUGGACAGAGCGCACAAAAAGGAACUUAAUUUGCUAGAGGGCGAGGGUAGAAGGGCCGAUUCAGUUUAAGUCGAAUCUUGUUAAGGGCUGGCCUUGGCUGAAAAGUAAAAGGAGACUGAUUAUAUUUGAUUUAGAAAUAACAACUUUCGUUUCUACAUUUAGUUAUCAUUCAUUUUUGUUUUGUUUUGUUUUUGUUUUUGUUUUUGUUUUUUUUUUCUAAAAAAGGGACCAAACCAAAUUCCGCCUGACACUGACUCAUUCGUGUGUGACAACUGACGAGGUGGGAAGUGGAAUCAUUGAAUGGCCUCUGCCGCCUGUCUUGACACUAAACAGUUGGACGAAAAUGGGACAAUCCAUUAACAUCAUUGAUGUGUUCAACAGUACCACCAGGGUGAUUUUCAAGGUAAUAGAGAGAUAAAGAUGUUACGUUGACUAACACAAGUUAGUGAUUCCAGGGUUUCACUCAUUUCAAUAUAUACUGUCAUUCCCAGCCAUUUAGGCGCUCAGAGAAAAAUCUGUGUGUCUCUGGUCAGCACUAUUAUUUUCUCGUUUUUUUUUUUGACCAUCUUACAGGUUUUUAUAUAAUUGUUGAUGAGAUACUUUUCUUUCAGAAUUUUUAUGUUUCUAAUCAGUCAAUACAGCUGGAAGAUUAUCGUGCUUUUCUUUUUCUUCAAAAUAAACUUUACUACUCAAAAUAAACUUUCUUGGCCUAGUUUUCACGGCUUUAGGCGAAAAAAUUGCUGAUGAGAUCCAACACUCUUGACGCACAUGUACUAUGUUUUUCUUGUUACGUGGUUUUCAGUUUGGACCUUUGAAGUUUUGGGAAACGAUCGACCUGGAAGUAACGUUUGAUAUUGAUUUGCACAAGACAAGGGCCGAAGGCAAAGUACAUGAUUUAACCACUCAUGUAAACGUCAAGUACAAUGGGUCAGUGGGAACAUGCAGAUCGUUCUCGGGCUCUCGCGAGUUUACCACUGAAGGGCCAGCCACAGUUUCUGUCAAGUAUUAUGUCCCACGUAAGUUUAAACCGAGCUAAUACGUCGGGUAUUUUAUGGGGUAUUUGGCCUAUAAGCUACUUUAAAAAUAGCGCUUGUAUCAAAUAAAGUACUUAAAAAAUACUCGUAUGAAGGGGUAAAAUCUACCGGUCCCAAAAAAGAUAAUUAAAGUGAAGGACUCUGACUGAAGCUAAUUCCUCCAGAAGAAGAAGAUUAACAAUUGAUUCCGCAAUUCCAGUUAAAUUUUAUAGCUUCCAGAAUAGAGACUCAAAAUAUUUUGGCAUAGCCUCUUCAAUGUGAAGAAAUAACUGCUUGGCAAUUUCUUUCCGCAGUCAUUAGCAAUGCCUUUUUUUUUCUUUUUCUUUUUUUUUUUUGUAGUAGGAUCAUGUGAUCACGCCCUUGGUAUGACGGAUGGGAGUAUUGCUGAUUCCCAGAUCACUGCUUCCUCAUAUGCUGUGGGUGGGGAACCACAUGAGGGAAGACUGAAUGGCAACAAAACUUGGAUACCUCAUGGCCAGCUUGCGUAAGUCACAUGUUGAUUUGUAGACCCUGAAGUGCGUCUCUUGAUUAUUCGAAGUAAAGUUUAGCAGUAAGAAAAAACCCGCUUCAAAGUUUUUUUCGGAUGGCCGAUAAUGGCCAGGUUUUUUAUUUUUCCCAGUUUUUUACCAUAGAGCAAGAGAAAGACAGACAAAAAGAGAAAGUAGGCGACAAAGAUCUAGAGAGAGAGAUAAAAAACAAAGGAAACAAUUUUUUGUCGGAAGAACAAAGCGAAAAUUUUGUAGCGGCGGGAACAAAAUGAGAAAAGCUAGCAGCCAUCAAUGCAAGGUGAAAAUGAGCGUCAGUGAAAAAAAGUGAACAAGAAAACGUACGACAUUUCCUCCAUAAAACGUGUAGCUAAGGAGUUUCUGGAAGUUUCACGUUGUAGUCGUGCAAAACAACGGCAAAGAAAUGUACAAAAAAAGUGUGCUGCACGUGCAAAGUUGCUUUUUUGCUAAUUAGACCUAUUGUUGUUUUUCACCGUUCUCCGGCUUUGCCUUCGCCGCUUAGCAUUACAGGAUUUUAUAUUUUGUUUUAGCAAACUAUAAAUAUUAUCGAGAUCUUCGCUUUUAGCCCUGGCUCAGGGGGGGAAUACAACCUUAAAAUUUCACUUUUGCUUAGUUUACAGAAAAUUCACUCAUUAGAUUUUCCUAUAAACUUGCACACAGCUUACUAUUAUUAGCGGAGCUCUGGCGCGCGAAGCGCGCCUGCGGAGCACCAUGGGUAAGAAAAUGUGGUAAUCUACCCAUCCGCGAAAAUUUGGUAAUCACGUGACCGUACGCCCGACCGUCCGUCCGCACCACAGGCAUACCAAUGUGAAAUAACUCAAUCAACAGGUAUGGCAACCCAAAUGCAACUCGAGGUUAUUUUGGCGGGAAAUCGCAUAGCCACCCGCGUCUGUAAAGCAGAGGCAACUAAAGAGUCAAUAAAGACGAAACCGAAAAGCGGAAAUUGUUUCUGUAUCCGUGUUUUCUAAAGUAUUAAGCUUAGAUUAAUUGUCAUGUCCACACAUUUGGAAUAUAGAGCCAGAGAAAGACAGAGAAAAAGAGGAAGGCCAGAGAAACUCAACGAGAAAAACGGCAACAGAGCGAGAAGAUCUAGAGCGAGAGAUAAAAAACAAAGAAGACAUUUUUUGUUGGAAGAACAACAUGAAAAUUUUGUAGGGGCGGUGACAAAAUGAGAAAUGCUAGCGGCCACCAAUGCAAGGAGAAAAUGAGCGGUAGUGAUAAAAAAGUGAACGAGAACACGUACGACAUUUCCUCCAUAAAAAAGUUUCUGGAAGUUUCACGUGGCGGUCGUGCAAAACAACGGCAAAGAAAUGUACAAAAAAAGUGUGCUGCACGUGCAAGGUUGCUUUUUUGCUAAUUAGACCAAUCGUUGUUUUUUCUCCGUUCUCUGGCGUUGCCUUCGCCGCUUAGCAUUACACGAUUUUAUAUUUUGUUUGAACAAACUAUAAAUAUUAUCGAGAGCUUCGCUUUUAGCCCUGGCUAAAUCUAUAUAUUAAUCAUUACCAUUUGAAACUUAGGGCCUGUUUACAUGGAGUGGGGCCGGCCGGGACCCCGAUCUAGUGGGGUUUGUUUUCUUUUGUUUUCACGCUCUGGGGGACACAAAACAAAAGAAACUUACCCCACUAGACCGGGGUCCCCCACUCCAUGUAAACAGGGUCUUAUUUGACCAAAUUUUAACAGAGAGGUUCUUGGAUAAUCAAUAAUAUAAUUGUACUGUAAUUAUUGAAUGUGUCUCAAAAAUCGUCUGUUCAACAUCCAUUUUAAAGUUCUCAUUGUUUAAAAUGCGAUAAAAGUAAAAAUUCUGCCAAAUAUCACAAAAUUUCAAUAAGUAGAUUUUGAGAAAUCGUCUUCUGUGUUCCAUUGCUUUUUCGCCGCCAUGUUUGUUUGUGUAAGUUAAAACACUCGCCGUCACGCGAGGUACCGCUGACCGCACGCGAAACUGUGUUCAGGGUUCAGCCCUCCUCAGAUGCCAGAAAAACACAACGUCGGACUUACCGUUAUAAAUCGUUAAAAUCAUGAAAAAUCGAUAAUAUCGAUUUGACACAGCAAUUAUCGAUUUUCACCGAUUUCCUUUAUCAAUCGAUAAAAAUCACUUGAUUGCUAUCGAUUUUUAUCGAUACCGAUUUUUAUCGAUUGACUACUCCGGGUUGAUAACAAUAACAAAACGAUGGAAUAUAUAUGUUGUAGUUAUUUUUUUAUUUCAAUUAGUUUUAAGUUUUCCAUUGUUUUGGGGUAUGGUAGUGUAUGCUAAUGAAUUUAAAACAAAGGAAAAACAAAAAUUAACCAAGGAAUUUUUUAUGUAACAGAGGCAGAAUGAUAAGUUAGUUUUACUGUAAUUUCGAUUCUGUUAAUCCUGCUUCUACUUUUAAUUGUCAGUCAGGGGGUUGUCAGUAUAUUGCUUAAAUUGUAAAUAACUUGAUUUGAUUUAUUUGUAAUUGUAAUUGAUGUACUUUUAAGAGCCACCCAUUGGAUCUGUUAAUAAACCAUUAUUACUAUUAUGAUGAUGAUGAUGAUGAUGAUAUGUUAAGGUAAAAGAAGACCUCAUGAUUUAAACCUUUGGGCAAAAUUCAACUUUUUUCCAGUUGUCCAAGCGACAGAUAUUGCCAAUCAAUCAUAUUCUCAGAACACACCUUAAUGAGCCAGAAACCCCUUUAGCAGAUGACGGUUUCAGUUGAGGACGGGGAAGGGGGAUGGGGGGGAGGUGAGAAUGUUGUGAAUUAGACCGAUCAUAGGAAGUUCAACUAGUUCAAUAGAAUUCAAAGUUAUAGAUAAAAAAACUGAUUACUCAUAAGUGAUUCUCACAAUUAUUUUGUGCUCUAGUCAGAUGACAAACCAGCACCUCGAGGUUAGCUUCACUUGCAAAGUCAAGAUUAACAGACUUAUCACCAAGGGUCUUGGUAAAAACUACGUCAAGAGCUUUUUCCUAUUUUACAGUAAAGAUGGCCAUAUUUUUAAAUCCUACAAGUUGGGCAGCAAAAACAUGGUAAGCGAACGUCCCUAGAUGAUCUUUUGACUAAUACGUUUUGAUGAACAUCUGUUUUAAAAUCUUUGUUCCGCUGGCAUAUACUGAUGUUGCAAAUACCAUCUUCACACCCUAAGUAUCGGCAAUCUACAUAUCGCCUGAGUGUAUAAAAUUAACAUUCUUAAUGCAAUUCUUCAUGCAUGCGCCCUUUGAACACUCACAGGCUUAUUUUUGUUAUAAUUAUUGCUGCUGCUUGUAAUGACUUUAGGUUUUUCCCGCCAACACCAAUGGUAACGAUCCAGCGGUCAUUAUCCUACCGGUGCCUAUAGAAGCAGUGGCUGUCCGCGUUAACCCUAAUGCCUGGGAAAACAUUAUUGCCCUUAAACUGGAGUUUUAUGGGUGCGUACUGGAUUGCUUUUUUACUCCAGGUAAGAAAUGCAAUUGUGCAGUACUUGACCAUUGUGCAAUUGUGCAAUACUUGACCAUUCUUUGACACUUGAAAUCAGCCCGCGCGGUAGGAGUUGUUUUCCGUGGUCGGUUAAUUUUCUAGGUUUCUUUUUGGCCGCCUGCAACAAAGUUUUCCGGAAGGCAUCAUUAAGCCUUAUGAAGGAACAAGUCUCACGAUUGGCAAAGUCUUUCGUCUCAUUUUGGCUAAACGGGUGAAACACUGAUCUCGGGCUUGAGACGGAAAGGCAUCAUAUAUUGCGAGCUUUGAUGUGGGCGGUGACGAGUCUCUGGCCUCAAAAAGUAGCUUUUAAGAGUCAAAACUAUUCGGCGAGAGCAAAAUUGAUGCUGAUUUCUGACCAGGCCAGAGACUUAGUAAAAAUUUGUUUUGAAGGCCGGCGUCCAUGUGUCCCUUUCAAAACGGCUCGUCUACAUCCGGGAUCUUGAAUAAAUUGACUGUGUCAGCAAAGUCUCCUUGUGAUGAUUUAUGUUGAGAAAGCGAGAGUUAUUGAGAGAGAGUAAUUUGAUGAUAUUUCGCCCGUAUUAAGUGUGGAAACAUUGUGUCUGGUUGGUUGUGGAUAGUUUUAUCAGUGCCGCGAACGUGGUUAAUUGUGUGAUUUCCUGAAGUUGUUGACAGACAGAUUUCAGGUAUGUCGUGGCGCUCGUGUCAUAAGAAUAUUGUGUACAAGCCUGAAAACGCUUUGUAAGUGUUUAGUUGAAGUGAUUUUGGCUUAGACAACCGAUUGUGGGGUCAAGAAAGGUGGUUUCUAGGUCUGUUUUAGUCGGGCAUCUCGCUUAAUGAGCCACAUAGUUUAAGAGACUGAAAGGUCAUUAUUUCUGUGCUUUUAAAUGUUGUUCAUUUCGUUAAAAAUGUCUCGCUUUUGCCAAGAGCAACUUUUCGUGUGUUGCCAGCGAUUAAUUCGUCCGUUUUAAGCCCUAACUAGUGAAUUCAACUGUUUUUUAUUGACCUCAAGGGUCAAAUUGUUAAAACGCACUUGAAAUUUCUGGAGGUACCUUUUAUCAAAUCCAUAUUUCCUUCAAUAUUACUUGGAAAGGGUGGAAAAUAGCAUAAAUUGCCAAAGUUAACUAGCGUUUUCAACCUUUGAAUUUAGUACGCAUAUACGGCCACCGCGUCUAUGGGUAAAGUCGUAUGCACCCUAAUACUUUGGAAGGACUCCGAAAUGCCUGGGCACUGAUAUCCUUCUCCCCUAAAAUAUCUUUGGGAGGAAGGCUCAGUUAGUGUGUUGGAUCAAACAGACAAUUUUUUGUUUCAAAACGUUCCCGCAUCAAUGGUUGCGUUCGAUUGGGAGAUAUGGAUUUAGAUUUUAAAAUCCGGAUUUCGGAUUUUGCAAUCGAACGCGAAAUCCGAAAAUGGAUUUCACCUUCGAGAAAUCCGUUCUCAGGGUGGAUUCCAAUUAAAAAAUCCAAAUCCGGAUUUCAUGGAUUUCCUUUUUACUGUUCGAUUGGGAAAUCCGAAAAAGGAUUUGCAAAACUGUUUUCAUGAACAGCGGUUUUCUUUUUGCUAAUUAUGCGUGCGCUUGCAAGAUCGCUGCUCUAAGGGACAGUUUUUCAAAUCCGUUUCGGAUUUCCCAAUCGAAGGGUAAAAAGUAAAUCCAAAAACAGAUAUCUCAGCUUUGAAAUCCGUUUUCGGAUUUCGUGUUCGAUUACAAAUCCGAAAUCUGGAUUUUAAAAUCUGAGUACAGAUUUCUCAAUCGAACGCACCCAGUAUGUUCUCUCUCAUUUGACGAUGAUUAAGUCAUUUGCAAAAAACUACAUAUAUUUAAAAAUUCGUCAUCCUCACUUUGACAAAACCAGCGUUUUUAACACUUUAAUAUACCGCACAACAAACAACAAAAGGUGAAAAAAAAAUAAUGAAUAAUUCUACAAAUCGAACUUUCCAAAGCACAAAAUCCCAAGGUUCUGCAGUCGCUUAUGCUUUGGCUGUUGAAGUGACAUAGUUUGGAAUUGUGGAUUGCCUGGUCUCACCGGGAAAUUUGACUGUAGUUAAUUUAGUUCAAAGAUAUAAUUGCUAAAGAAGUAGCGAUUUUACUUGCGCAGGACCGUUGACGUUUACCAGUCGUGGAUAUCUCUUGGACAAAAUAAACGACAUCAUGUGCGUUUGUAGUCUUUCUUUGGCAAGGUAAGUUUAUUCUUCCGAUCAAACAGGACGAAUGCAUAAGAUAACAACAAAAAAAUGCACAGAACUUGUGCACUUUAUAUUUUAAGGUCUUCUAAGGGCAAGUCAAAAUAUUACAAAGAAUAAAUUUUCAACUGAAGAUAAGGGCCUGGACUACGGUGGAAACCCACAGGCCAAUAACACUACAGUAAGGAAACAAAACGAAAAAAAGCAAGGUGUCCUUGCUAUUAGGCUAUGCUAAUUUGUGCAUUGUCUAUUUUAAAGCCGUGCAGGAAACGUUAUUUUCCUUUGUUUUUUUUCGUAUGGCAAUCUUUGUUCAUAGGCUGAAAGAUAAAGGAUAAAAUCAAACCCCUAAGAUAAACGAUUAAAUUCCACCAGCGCUACAAGAAGAGUCAGGCUAAGAAAUGAAAAAGAGGCAUGCAGAGAAUGGUUCGCGUUGAGUUUUGAGUUUUAGUGUGGUGAACUGCCUGAAUAUAGAAAAGUAACGUAAUUGAAAAUGCUUGUGACUCGUUUUGAAACAAUUAUAUUGUUUUUACAGCUUCAAAAGGGGAUCUUCCACCUGUUUCUUCAGCAGGGACAGAGGUGCCUCAUGGACAGGUAGGAGUUUUAACCCUAUUCAGUCCGGGGGGUUUGGAACACCCUCCCCCCUUGCUAAAGCGGUUUUGAAGUUAUGGAGAUGGGGGAAGGGGGUUUGGGCUCCAGAAGGGUCUCAAUGGGGUUUACUGUCAGCCGUCAAACGGCCUAAAAUUCAACCGUCAACGGUCAAAAAAGGUAAUUUUUACCGUCAACCGUAAAAAGAGCAGAUUAAUAUUAACCGUCAAAAAGUUUCAAGGUACUUCAAAUCUUUCAAUUUCAGCUAAUCUCCACGGACUUCACGCUCCUGAAGAAUCUCCAAACUGGAAAAACCAUUCCUAGACGUUACAAGACCUGGCUUAGAAUUUUGCCUUUGUCUAAAAAUAUCUCAAAAUUUUAUGACCAAAAGGCUACGAAAACCUUCAAAACACAACAGCUAAUAUUAAUUUAUGCAGAACUUAAUAUUUAAUGUAACUCUUGUACUAAAUGUCCGCUUAAUAACCGUCCGACCGUACGCGUUAAAAGCUCUAAAAUUUAGCCUUGAACCGUCAAAAUUGGAAAAAAUAUAACCGUCAACCGUCAAAGCUACCGACCGAUUGAGACCGUCCUCCAGGGCCAGGGCCGGUUCACAAAUAGAAAAUUGCAAAAGAAUAACAAAGUUAACUUUGUCACCCAAUAUUUUGAUCGGUCAAAAUCGAGACUUGACCGAGCGAAAAUUUCUUCAGUGGCCGGUCAUCGUGGCCGGCCACCGUCCGAAAAGAGGGUAGGGGUAACAAAAAAAAAAAAACAAAAAAAAACAUUUUUUGGUAAAACGCUGGAACAAUUAAUUGAAUCCCCUUUUUUGGCAGCAAUGCAUCACAGUGUGAUUGCUCUCCUCGGAUAUGACGUUGCGGACAGCAUGUGGUACGGCGUUAGCAGAGAUGGGAGAGCGGUCGUGAAAAGUUCUUCACAUUCCUCCAAGUUCAUUGGUGCCGCAUUGAGCGAUUGGGAUGCGGCGAAAGUAAAGUCGACCGCAAUUCUUGCUAAAAUGAUUAAAAAUGACUUGGCCAUUACCAAUGCCACCCUGACUCCACGAGCUGAGCAUGUUCAAACUUCUAAAAUCGGCACCAAGUGGGGAGGUCAGUCUGCCAUGUUCUACUUAUAAUAAUUACUAAUAGAGAAUUAUUUUCCUUUUAUUACGAAGUCUCUGACAACAGCAAUCUAGUGAAGCACAGCUGUCAACAUUGAGCCCGCUAUUUUUUUGGUUGGUUUGUAUUUGGUUAUUUAAAGUAAUAAUUCCUCUUUUUUAUUUUAGUUUAUUUUAUUUCUUUUUCAGUGUCUGCUAAGGGCAUUCACGUGGAAGAGUCACUAAACUGGAAGCUGAAGGCCGUCUGGAUGUGUUAUGGUCCGUAACCGUUCACGUUUAAUCUUAUUUAAUCAUAGCGUUCAACUCCCCCUCCCCCUCCCCUCCAAGAAAACGUACACUGUCCAUUUCGGGGUGCUUUCGACUGAUUGACCUUGGUCUGAAAUAGGAAUACAACGUCAGACUAAUUAACAAUUAUGGGCUCUGAGUCAAUAGCCCAUGAGGCCGAAGGCCGAAUGGGCUAUUGACUCAGAGGCCAUGAGGGCGAGAGGAACAAUUGUUUUUAGUAAAAUCCAACUAGUUGGUCAAAAAUAUCGAGACAAAACAACUUUAGCUAGUAAAACGCGAUUCAGCAGCCAUUGUUUUGGUUUUCAAAGCUGGUGCUUUUCGCUACUAGUGGGCAAUAACAUAUAGCCUAGUAGUAGCUCAACCAAUCAGAACGCAGCAUUGAUAAUAGACCACUAGUUGGAUUUUAUUAAUCCGGAAUAUCCGUUCGAUUGCUAACUUGCUAUUCCAAAUCCGAAUAUGUGGAAUAUACUCCAAAGAUUCUGCGGCGCAAGCAGAAUGGCGUCGUUUUCCUAUUAGCUGCGUCACAGAGAGUUAAUUCACAAGUAAACAACAAAGAAAAUGGCGGACUUCGUCGGUGAAAAUGAACGAUAUCUAAACGAGGAAGACAUUCAGCAGAAGAGGGUAACUACUGGAGCAGAAAAGAAACUCUUUGGCAUAUUUUGAGUAUGCGCACAGUAAAACGGACAUCUAAAAUUGACCCCUGUGUUUUCUUAGUCUUUUUGUUUGACCUUCUGUAAAAAGGUCUCCUUAAGAACGGACACUAAGGUUGUUCCCAACGUUGUUCUUCUAAGAGGGUUUACCACCAUGAUGAUGUAUUAAUGCAACUUGAUCUCCGAAUAGGAGGUAUCGACAUCCACAUCUGUUCCGCUGGUUCAGAGGAUGAUACAAGUGAAGGGUGUCCUCUAAAGAGAAAGGCCUCGAUCUUGGUGGAUGGAAUUGAGAGGUCGCCAAAAGUGAGUAUUUAAAAAAGAUAUUAGUAAUAAACUGUGAGAAAGAUGAAGAAGGCAGUUGCCAUAUCUGUAUAGAAAAAUGCCCUCUAGGAUGCAUUGAUGAAGUCAUGUUUUAACUUUACCUAGAAUUAACGUCUUCCUUAAAUUACCACGAAAAGGCUGGCAAAAAUAGAAUGUUAGUAUCAAGUAGAGUGUCACCAAAAGAAAUGAUUUUGUCGUCAAGUCAAUAGCCUCGCCUACUUCAGUCAAAAUGCGCAAAUUGCAAGGCCCCCCUCCCCUAAAAAAAGGUACCUAAAUGGGAGAGAAAAAUAGCUACAUGCUAAUUACUACUAGUCUAUGCCCUUUACAUCUGAAACUGAUGGGUAUUAGAGUGGCCAGUGCUCUAGCAAUGAUCUCGUAAUAUAUUUAGGGAACUAAAAGCUUCGCCUUGUCCUUUCAGCAAAGAGGAUAUAACGUAGUGGUGUUAAGCAGAGAUGGACAUUUUAUAAAUUCCCAGGCAUUUGACUCCUAUGCUUCCAGCACAGCAGAUGAUCAACUGGCAACAUUUCUUACCGGCCUGCCCAAUAACGUGAUCGUGUUAGCAGCGACCCAGGAUGAGGCAUGGUGGGCCGGAGGCGCAUCAGAGUUCCACAAACAGGCAGCUGACGCCCAGCUGAUAAGCCUCGGAGCAACAAAUCCCCGACCUUUGGGAUAUCGCGCCUCGUGGGCUUUAGUUGGUUAUAAGGGUUCUGAUGAUCCAGCAGAUUGGAAAAGAUUUAAAGAGGCACCAGCACGUCAAGGACCAACAGAGAUCUUAGUGACGAUCCCAAUCGCCAAUGGCUGCACAUAA